AUGUCUAUACCCCUCAAAGUCAAGGUCGCCAUCCGGGACCUCUGGGACAAGCCAGACUCCCCCGUCCAAGAGGCCAUCACCCGCCUCAAGAAUAUCCUCGGCCUGGAUUUCUUAUGCGAGCCUGCCUGGCCUCUGCUCACCACAGAGUUAAGCCCCCACUAUGAUGAUAACAGCGAGCUGGCCAAGUCGGUCAUCAACUUCGUCAAGGUCUGGGUCGAGGCCCUGACGGAGCUGCUCGAUGACGAGGAGAACUCGGAAUGGGCAGAUUCCAUCGUCGACCUCGUGAAAGACAACGGCGCGGCAUUGAAGCUUCAUCUCGAGGUCAAGUCUGGGGAUGCCUCCACAGCAUGGUCCGACUCCCAAAGGUCCUUCCUGCUCCACCUCCCCUCGUCAAACGUCACCCGCCCAGACCAGUACACCCCCACCUUCAAGACCCAGCUCCUCGGCUGCUUCAAGAAGGACAAGCCGCUGGCGCUGCGCCCAUCCGCCCGGGGGGACCUCGACCCCGAGGACGAGGAGGACUACGAGGCCGUCUCCGCUCCCAAACAUCCUGCCGCCACCAGCGCCGCCGCACCUGCUCCCGUUCCCAAGCCGAAGCCGGUGAGCGAGACUCUCCCGGAUCCCAGGAGCCUCCCCAAGCCUAGUACCCUACUCCAGGCUCCUCCCUAUCACCUGUUCGUCCACGCGUUCGGGAACAACAGUCUGGAGGUUCAGUGCAGUAAUGGCUCGACCCUGGACUUCUUGGCCGAGUACUUUAAGAAGUGGGCGCAGCCUUCGUCUGGCCAGGCUGUUCCCGUAAAGGUGGAAAACAACCACCAAUCAUCCAGUUUUGGGAUGUCGUACGAUACAAUCACCCUGUCUACUGAGCCGAGAUAUGGCAGAACCACAACCUUGUCUCCGCCGGUUAUUUUAGCUCUGAUCGAGGGGUUGCUGGGAUACGAGCUGGUCUACCGCGAUGCAUCCCAUUGGCAGUAUCGGAGGGAGACGCCCAUCAGGAGAUAG